GCAGGCGCACUGGCUCCGUCGCGCCGAGCAGCAGCCAUGGAGCAGGCACCUCUGGACCCUGAGCGGCAGCUGCCGCCCGCGCCCCUUGAGCCUCUGGGCCGUUCCGAUGCUGGGCUGGAGGCCACGGGCGGCGAGGAAGCAGAGGGCUCCCGGGACGCGGGGUCUGGGGUCGACACGAUGACAGAAAAUAACUUUUGGUUGAAGAAGAUAGAAAUCAGUGUUUCAGAAGCAGAAAAGCGAACUGGAAGAAAUGCCAUGAACAUGCAAGAAACGUACACGGCUUACCUCGUGGAAACCAGGUCAGUUGAACAUGCGGAUGGUCAAAGUGUCCUAACAGACUCACUAUGGCGGCGAUACAGUGAAUUUGAGUUGUUGAGAAACUACCUUUUAGUUUACUAUCCACAUAUUGUUGUGCCACCUCUGCCGGAAAAACGGGCAGAAUUUGUUUGGCAUAAACUCUCUGCUGACAACAUGGAUCCAGAUUUUGUGGAGAGACGACGGAUUGGGUUAGAAAACUUUCUGUUGAGGAUUGCCUCACAUCCCAUCCUGUGUAGAGAUAAAAUCUUCUAUUUGUUUUUAACACAGACAAAUUAUUUUUUCCAGGCAGACUCCAGGUUAAAAGCGCUUAAUGCAACAUUCAGAGUGAAAAACCCAGACAAGAGAUUUACUGAACUAAAACACUACAGUGAUGAACUGCAGUCUGUCAUCUCCCAUCUUCUUCGAGUCAGAGCUAGAGUUGCAGAUCGACUCUAUGGUGUAUAUAAAGUGCAUGGGAAUUAUGGGCGAGUUUUCAGUGAAUGGAGUGCCAUAGAAAAAGAAAUGGGUGAUGGACUGCAGAGUGCUGGUCAUCAUAUGGACGUGUAUGCAUCUUCUAUUGAUGAUAUUUUGGAAGAUGAAGAACAUUAUGCAGAUCAGUUAAAGGAGUAUCUUUUUUAUGCAGAAGCACUGCGGGCUGUAUGCAGGAAACACGAACUUAUGCAGUAUGAUUUGGAAAUGGCUGCUCAGGACUUAGCAUCCAAGAAGCAGCAGUGUGAGGAACUGGCAACUGGGACUGUGAGAACAUUCUCUUUGAAAGGAAUGACUACCAAGCUUUUUGGUCAAGAAGCUCCGGAGCAGAGAGAGGCCAGAAUAAAGGUGCUAGAAGAACAAAUAAAUGAAGGGGAACAACAAUUAAAGUCUAAAAAUCUGGAAGGCAGAGAAUUUGUGAAAAAUGCAUGGGCUGAUAUUGAACGCUUCAAAGAACAAAAGAACCGUGAUUUAAAGGAGGCCCUCAUAAGCUAUGCAGUCAUGCAGAUCAGUAUGUGCAAAAAGGGCAUUCAAGUUUGGACCAAUGCUAAAGAAUGCUUUAGCAAGAUGUAAUCGUGUGAAAUGAAUUUCUCUUCAAUCAAAGUGCCCCAAAACAGAAGCACAAGUAAAUAAAAGAAAUUUAAGUUGCUACCCACUAUAUAUAAAAAUAACAAUAAGUUGGAUAAAUUCAGCUUUCUUUAACCUAAUUGUAGUUGUGUUAAUAUAGCACAAAAAGGAUGUAUUUUAAUGAAGAAUAAAUAUUAUUAUUUGAGGUUUUGGGGACUGGUGCUGAUUCCAAAAAGUUAAUUUUUUAUUAAUAUAUGCCAACAGAUUUUUUGUCAGGCUUCUGAACCAAUGACUGAAUCUCAAGAUGUUAGUUCAUUUGUAGAUGUUUCUUUCAGUGCCAACUGUUCCAGAUCUAUUCAUGUAGGGAAUUUUUCCUUAAGACUGAAUUUCUUUAUCUUCCUGAUAGAUACACUAAUCUGUUAUAGGGGGUUGUUUUCUCUUGCCUUAUAGUUGAGCUGUUUGGUUUGACAAAGCUCAGCAGAAACUUAGAGUGAAAAAUCGAAGAUUUUCUUCCACAUUCAUUGAGGCCCCUUGUAACAUUUGCAUACACUAGAAAAUGCCUUCAAUUUGUGUUUUACCAGAAUUUUGAUACAGGUCAGAAAUUUUAUACUGCCAACAGAGAAGACUCAACUUCUCAGACAGCGGAAUGUAGUGGAAUACAUUGUUAUGAUCUAGUCAUGGCUAUAGAUAGGUUUUAGCGGACUAUGUUAUGUGUAAGAAUUAAAUUCUUCUCAGAUAAUUCUUAACCUCAGUGAUGAGCCUAAAUUUACUCUGCUUGGCUCUCUACACAUGGCAUUUCAGGGUACAAGAUGUAGCAUUUCAGUGUAUAAGAUAUACAUAGUAAACAUAUGUGUUGGUAUCUUCAUUAACAUACUUCUUUUCUAUUGCUUGGCUGUAAUUUUUGUAAAGAUAAAUUAUAUUGUUUUUCUAUGUGUUUUUGUGGUAUAUGUUCAGAAGCCAGGCACCCUCGUUUUGCUAGCUUGCAGAAUCUUAAAUGUGUACUCAUUAUUUCUAAUGAUGUUAAAAAAAAAAAAUCUCUGGUACUGUUUAGCAUUUGACUUUUAUACAUGUUUAAAAUGUUGCUGGAUUUUUGUGCUGUUUGCCAAACUUAUACAAUAAAUACAUAAAGUGUUGUGCUGA